AUUGUUUCCCUCCUGUAUCUCUCUCUCCCCUCCUGAUCUCUCUCUUCACCGCUCACCUCUCCAUGUGGAUGCAACACUGCGCCACACCACCAUUUCGUCGCCGUUUUGAUCCAUCAAACCAAAAACGUUAAAUUAAAUUAAUUAAUUAAGCAGGAAAUUAAUUGAUUGAUUAAUUAUUUAACAAACGCUUACUUGCAUGGAGAACAUUGCGGCGCAACUGAAGAAAGGGAUAUCGCGGCAGUUCUCGACGGGAUCUCUGCGGCGGAGCCUGACACGUCAGAUGACGCGGCAGUCGUCGUUCGAACCGCGGAGGAACAACAUGAGGUUCAGCUUCGGGAGGCAGUCGUCGCUGGAUCCGAUACGGCGGAGUCCGGUCCAGGACGAGUUGACGGUGCCGGAGAACCUCGACUCGACUAUGCAGUUGUUGUUUCUGGCGUGUAGAGGCGACACGAAGGGAGUCGAGGAUUUGCUCGACGAAGGUAUUGAUGUGAAUAGUAUUGAUCUCGACGGACGGACGGCGUUGCAUAUCGCGGCUUGUGAAGGACACCUGGAGGUCGUUAAGCUGCUGCUUCAGAGGAAGGCUAAUAUUGACGCUCGUGAUCGUUGGGGCAGUACGGCAGCUGCUGAUGCCAAGUACUAUGGAAAUAUAGAAGUUUACAAUGUUUUGAAGGCCCGUGGAGCCAAAGUUCCGAAAUCCAGGAAGACGCCGAUGGCUGUAGCAAAUCCUCGAGAAAUUCCUGAGUAUGAGCUUAAUCCACUAGAGCUUCAGGUUCGGAAGUCAGAUGGCAUCACGAAGGGAUCAUAUCAAGUGGCUAAAUGGAAUGGUACUAAGGUUUCUGUAAAGAUACUUGAUAAAGAGAGCCACUCUGAUCCUGACACCAUAAAUGCCUUCCAGCAUGAGCUUACUAUGCUGGAAAAGGUCCGGCAUCCUAAUGUGAUUCAAUUUGUUGGAGCAGUCACUCAAAAUUUACCCAUGAUGAUUGUUUUAGAGUAUCAUCCAAAAGGUGACUUAGGAAGCUACCUUCAAAAGAAAGGACGACUAUCUCCAUCAAAAGCUCUUAGAUUUUCUCUUGAUAUUGCUAGGGGCAUGAAUUAUCUUCACGAAUGUAAACCAGAUCCAAUCAUUCAUGGUGAUUUGAAGCCAAAAAAUAUUUUGCUGGAUAGUGGAGGUCACUUGAAGAUAACUGGAUUUGGAUUGGUAAAUUCAUCAAAAAAUUCACCUGAUAUAUCACUAGCAGAGCAGCCAGCAAAUUUCUAUAUGGCACCUGAGGUGUAUGAAGAUGAAAUGUAUGACAGAAGUGCGGAUGCUUACUCUUUUGGAAUCAUUUUAUAUGAGAUGAUUGAGGGAGUACAGCCUUUCCAUCCCAAAAGUCCUGAAGAGGUUGUAAAACUUAUGUGUUGUGAAGGAAAGAGACCACCAUUCAAAAUCAAAGCACGAAGUUAUCCUCUGGAUUUAAGAGAGUUGAUUGAGGAAUGUUGGCAUCCCGAACCUGUAGUUAGGCCAACUUUUUCUGAGAUCAUAGUACGGUUGAACAAGAUAGUUUCUAAUGGCUCAAAACACGGUUGGUGGAAAGACACUUUCAAGUUUCCUUGGAGAUAAGAGGAGGAUUUCUUCGUGAAGAGGAAAUCGUAACAAGGUUGGGAAAAAUUUCAGUCAAGAGUUAUGAAGAUCCUAUCUUCUACUGGGAUUACACUGGAAACAAUAAUGAGAAGAUUUUCGCGUCGAGUUUCUUAAACACAGCAUAAAAGAAGAAACCGAACGGAUCGAUCUUCCUCCCUCGUUGUCUGUUCUCCAAUGGAGCUGCAACAGUUCCAUUGUAUUGCAUAAAUAUGUGAGAGGGUUUUUUACUUUUUAGAUCAAAAAUUGUAAGUUACACAUGGGUAAGGCAAAACAAUACUGUACUUUUUGAUUUUCCUUUGGAUCCUGUUCAUGAGUUAAAAAAAAAAAAAAAAGGAAAGGAUAGAAUUGUAAUGCUGAUGUUAAUGCAUCAUUAACCCA